GGUGUAUCCAUGGUCACGAAUAAAUUAAUGGCGGCCUCCAUGCAUUGAGAGAAGAAUUUGUAAACACUACAGAAUGCCAGCUGCAGAUGAAACCCAUUCAAAACAAGGAACUAAGGCUGUGACUUUUGACCUAAACCCACGACCUGAGACUGUAGGCAGCGAUCAGAAUGAUAAAAAAGAUAAAAAGAAGGAAGAAGUGCCUGCUCCACCUACAAAUGGCGUCUACAUCUUCCCUAACGGAGACAAAUAUGAUGGAGAAUAUCAACAUGGUAGUGACGGUUCACUAGAGCGGAACGGUCACGGUGUCCACACGACAACAGACGGGGCAGUGUAUGAAGGAGAGUGGAAGGGAGAUAAAAUGAACGGAAAGGGAAAACUGACUCACCCCUCCGGGGCGGUGUAUGAGGGGGACUUUGUUAAUAAUCAAUUUCAUGGUCAAGGAAAAUAUACCUGGAAAAAUAACUCAUUUUAUGAAGGACAGUUCAACGAGAAUAAGAUGGAGGGCACCGGACAAUUUACUGAUACUGAGGGGCAAAUGUGGACGGGGACUUUCCGAUAUAAAGCUGCCCCAGGGCUAAGGUUUGAACUCAAGAUGGAUUAAGAAAAGAUAAAAAAAAAAAACGAGGCUGUGCUGGAGUUACAAACUUAGUAAAAGUAAAGACACACAUUUUCAUUAUGAUCACAUGUAAAUAUCUCAUGAACGGUUGCAAGUACUAUGUAUUGUAUAUUUGUAUUUAUGUGAAAUAAUAAAUGCUAUUCAUAAAAA